AUGACGUCACAAGUUGUAUUCACACAACUUGGAUCAUCACAGAUCAAACCAGGCGGAAAAACGGAUAAGUUUAUUGAUGUGCUCAUUAAAAUGAAUGAGAAGGUUAAUUUUUUAAAAGAUUUUUUAUAGUGAUCAUUUUCUGAAAAAAUUUUGAUCAGAAUAAUAUACAACAAAUUUUUGAAGCCAAAAUUUGGCAAGUUUUCGAAUUUUGAAUUUCCGAAACAUGUUUAGUGAUAAUUUGGAAAAUAAAGUGUACUUUCACGUUGAAAUUUGAAAAUAAUUUUUGCCACAAAAUGCUUUUUAUUCCGAUUUUGAAACGUGACCUUAACAAAUCCAACAAAAAUGGAUUCAAAAAUGUUUUAUUUCCGCCUAAAAAUCAAUUCGAUUUCAGACGAAGUCAUUGGAUUCAUUAUCGGAAACUGCCAAAAAAUCAUUGAUUUUCAAUUUGAGUGUUCUGAAAGAUGAAACGAAAUGGGUAAGUUGGAACCGAUUUAGGGAUGAUCGGUUUUUCAAAAGGUUCGGGAUUGGAAGUCACUUUUCCAAGAUAGGAAUUCCCAAGUUCAAAUACAUCCCUGAAGUUCCGAUGCUUAAUCACCAUUGAAUCUGUACAUUUUCAGAAAAAAAUGUCCGAUUUAUUUUUGGAACAAGUUGAUUGUGAUAGAGCGAGCAGAUUAUCUGCUUUUGCACAUGCUUGGUUCAAUAUGAUUUAUGCAUUACCAGAACACGAAGAUGUUGAAAUUUUGGCUGUCAAUAUGCUCAUUUUUCUCAUUGAUGUUAUGAUGAAAAAAGAUGUGGCUAUUCCAAAGUUUUUUCUAAUGUAUAAUGAUUUCGAGAGUCAGGUUUGUCCAAAUUUUAAAUGAAAACAUUGUGUUGAAAUAGUGCUUUCAGCUGAGUAAAUUGAGAGUGGAGAACGUGAAAGCAAUUGUUUCGCAUAUCACUGAAAUUAUUAAAAGAAUCGGAGAAAAUGAGGAAAAUGAAGGUACGGAAAAUUUGAAAAUUGCAAGAUUCAAUCAAAGAUGGAAAGAUUUUGUUGCGUUGGUUAUAAGAAGAGUUGCAGAUUUCGAAUUGGUGAGUUUUUUCCAGAAGAAAAAGUAUUUUUGAUAACAAAAAUAUCUCGGGGUCAAAGUUGCUGGCAUUUGAAAGCUUUCUAACUCUUCAACACAUUUCUAGAUCUUUCAAAAUCAAAAAUUUUCCAUAGUACCAAACAUUUUGCAGUUUGAGUUCAAUGAUCAAGAAAUUGAUGGAAAAGAAGCGGCUCGUGAGAUUCUUUUUAUGUGGAUAAGACUUACUCAAAAUCAAGAUGCAUUUGAACUACUUGUUGAUAUUUCCAGGUAUUUUUCUUUCUUUUUUUGUUGAAAAUUCUUAACUUUAAAAAAUAAUUCAGUUCCAAUUCGUUUCUUGUUCCAAUCAAUGAAAGGUUUUGUGAUGAAGUGAUUGCUGAAGAAAUCUCAAUUGAUUUGGAGAAAGAUGAAACAAUUGAAGAAGAAAAGAAAAGAAGAAUUGAAAUGACGUGGAAAGCUAUUAUUUUGACAAAAGUAAUCGAUAAAGAUAGACAUACAAAUUUAUGGAAUGCAAUUAUAACAGCUUGGAAAAUACCGGAUGAUAUUACAGAAAUUGAAGAAAAUACACAGGUUUUUGUGAAGUGUUUGUAUAUUGGAAAGAAAGUUUUGAGCACUUCUGUUGAUGUUGCCAAAAAGUUUUUGGGUUUAAUAAGAACCGAGAAAUAUCGAUUACUUGAAUCACAAAUUGCAUUUGCUUUGGCAAUUAUUCAAUGUGGAUUUGAUAGAAAUGAUGUGAGUAUUUAUAGCAUUUAAAUAAAAAUCGUUUAUGUUUCAGAGUUUGGCUGAUAUGAAGAAAACCCUUCAAAAAUUGUUCAGAGCUGGAGAACUUGCAGAAGAAUGUGUUUGGAUGUCUGAAAAUGUGUGUGGAAAAUUACUUUGGAAAGUUGAUUCGCAGUUGAAAGGAUUAGUGAAAUUAAUGGAGAAAAAUGAGGAAUUGAGAGCGAUUUUAACAGAGCCACUUUUUGUUUUGAUGAUUUCAUUAUUGGAAACUCCGGCUUAUCAAAAACAAGUUGUAAUUGUUGAUGGAAAAGUUGCGGAUGGAUGUUCGCUGUGGAUUUUGGCGAAACAUAUUUUGAGUGAAAUUUGUGUGUCACAAGCAAGUAUGUCGAAUAUGUUGUCACAUUUAUUUCAAACUAUUGGAUCUGCUUCGAGUAAUAAUUCAGCUUUGAUUUUGAUUGGUAGGGGAUUAUGGAUUCGAGAAAGCAUUUAUGAUAGUUUUUGUAGAUGUUCUUCGAGUUGUUGUCAAAAAAUGGUCUGUGGAAAUUUUGAACAAUUCAAAACUCAUCGAUGGUUUAUUUGAUUAUGUUUGUCGAAUGAGAAGGUAUUCAAAAAUAUAAAAUCCCAAAAUCAUAUUCUUCAUUUAUUUCAGAGAUAUUGCUGUUUCACUCAUUCGAUGCCUUCUUCCAAUAAUAAAUAGUCGAAGACAAUUACGUGAAUCACUCUUCAAAAGUUUGAAAAAGGAUUUAUUGAACGAUUCGACAGUUUGUUCUGCAGUUCCAAUUCUUUUGAUGCUUUUAAGAAGUGUUAGCAAGAAAAAAGGCGGAGGAGGUGGACAAUUUGAUCAUUCAAUGUCACAAUCUUUUGGAAGUUUUAGCACACAGGUUAGUUGGUCAUCUGAAGAAUUUGAAAAUUCAAGAAACUUUUUUAGUCACUGAAUGCGAUGGGAUGUAAGAAGAAUAUUGAUGCAAAUGUUGGAUUGGAAUUGAUUGGAAUUGUUAGGAAAUGUUUACAACAACCUGUAACUACCAAGUUUGUUUUUUUUUUGAGAAAAAAAUGGGAGGAAAAAUCUUGUAAUUCUGAAAUUUCUACCAUACCUCUCUCAAUUUCAGAAUUGAAUUGUAUAAUGGAAUUUGUGAACUGGCAACUCAAUCAUCUACAAUGGUUUCACAAUUUCUCGAUAUGCUUCUUUCACAUGCCUCAAAUUUACCAGAAUGGAAUAUGACUGAAAUGAUUACAGCAAAUAAAAGUGUUGUUCAAUUAAAUGAACCACUUCCACAUUUUAUUCAGACAAUCGAAUGUUUGAUGGGAGAAUUGUCAUUUGCUGAUCCGGAUUUUCAACAAGAAGGAACUGAGGAAAUUCUGAAUAAAUCGAAAGAAUUUAUUGAUUCAUGGAUUCUUUUGGCAACUAGAAAAGAUAUCGAUGAUUUGGGAUUGGAUCGAAAUAGUGAUUGGAAUACGAAUAAUAUUUCGGGAAAAACACAUUUCUUAUUUGCUCAAAUGAUGUUAAGUGUUUAUGAUGUUUUGAUUGAACAUUUAUGGAGAAGAAUUGAUGGAAAUGAUGAAAAAUCAGAUUGUGAUCGAUUGGUUGCAUUGAUGAAUCGAAGAAAGGAAUUGGAUAAUGUAAGUGUCAAAAAAAACUACAAAAAAAUUCAGAAGCUUCGAAAAUUAUAUUUGGGUUUAAAAUUGUUUUAAUUUUAGUUCUGAAAAAAGACACGUGGAAAUCUGAAAAGUUUUGGAUUUUUGGAAAAUUCGCAGAAAAUCAACCCUGAACCAUUUCAGAUUUAUAGAGAACGAUUGUUGAAUCGGAAGGAAACGAAAACUUCGGAUGGUGAAAAACAGGUAUUUCCUUUCUUAUUAUUCUUUCAAAUUUCCACAUUUUUAUCCAGACUCCUCUUGAUACUUCGCAAACUGAUAUUCUUACAAGCGCAAAAACUCUGGCAUCAGUUAUGACUAAAUUAUUGACUGCAAAUUCGAAUGCUGAUGCUGGAAAUAAUACGACAAUAAAUGUUCGACCGGAAAUUUUGGCAAAUGUUCAAAUGGAAUUAUUGUAUUGGACAGUUCAAAGAGCGAAAGGAUUAUCGAAUACAAUUGUGAAAGAAUAUCGACCAUUGCAUUCGAUUGUUUCGGGAACUAAUAGUUUGAUAUCACUUUCGAAGUUGGUUUUUUUGCUGAAAGGGGAUUCGGGGUGUUAAUGAUUUUUCCCAAGAAAUUUCAAAUUACCGUUAAAGUUCGGGAGAGCUAUUUCAAAGUCUUGAGAAAAUAUUUCGUAUUUAAUAAAAUGAGUGAAAUUUCCUAAAACAUUCAGAACUAGAAAGUACAAUUCAAAAAAUUAUUCUAAGCUCAGAUUGAAUCUCAUCCCUUCUUUCAGAAGUCUUCUCGAAUUCUAUGUUGGAAAUGAGAUUCCAGAUUGGAUGAAUGAAAUCGAAACCGGAAGUGUUGUCAAAACUUUGGCCAUUGAAAGUUAUGCAAAUAUAAUACAAUUUUUGACGAUCAAAUAUAAAAGCACACCGGCAAAAAUUGCGAUGACAUGUGAGUUUCUGAAGGGGAAAAGUAGGGCGAAUUUUGAAUCGCAUUUUAAAUAUUGUAUUUAUCCCUACAUAUUUUCUCGAAUUUUUUCCAAUAUUCUAAAUUUCUCCCCAGUAAAGUAAUGUUUUAAUAAUGUAUCAACUGUUUUUAAUUAUUUUAAUUACCACCUAUUCCCCCCUCUAACCAGAAAAAACAUAUUCAAUCAUUUUUUUCACUCAUACUUCUCAUAAAUAUACGAUGUUUUGUCUAGGGUUCGAAGAAAUUGAAGGAGAAGAUGAAGAGGCGCGAAAAAAACGACAAGAACCAAAUAUAUUAAUACUUCGACACGCUCAUUCACUAUCUUGCGGCCUUUUUCGACAUGUUUUACGAAAUGAAAAUGACGAUAUUUCGGCGGAGAAAAAAGCGAAUCCGAUGCACGAAGCACAAGGAAAAGCAAUUCUGAAAGCAACAACAAAUGUAUUAAUGAUGACGAAAAAUGUGAAAGUUUGGACGAAUUUGUUCAAAAGAGCGGUUAAGAUUUUGGAAAAACAUAAUUUUGGUUAG